AUGUCAACAGAAGAAUUUUGUACACAUCUAACAGAACUUCAUUCAAAAUCAUUGUUGAAUGACAAUGAUACAUUUUUAUUUGACUGUGACGGUGUUCUAUGGAAUUUUCCACAGAUCUUUACCGGUGCAAUUGAAUUGUUAAAUUAUUUGACAGCACAGGGUAAACGAUUAUUUUUUGUAACAAAUAAUUCAACUAAAACACAAGAUGAUUAUGCAAAACGGUUUAAUGAUAUCGGAUAUAACGCUAAACCUGAACAAAUCAUUUGUACGGCUUGGUUGACUGCUCAAUAUUUAAAAUCGAUUAAAUUUGCAGGAAAAUGUUUUGUACUUGGAAUGCAAUCGAUGAAACAUGAAUUAGAACGAGAAGGUAUUACUAUUUGUGGUGGUAUUGGUGCUGAUCCUUUAGCUCCGGAUGUCAAUGCAGUCAAUACGAAUCAACUUGAAUUUGAUAAAGACGUUGACUGUGUCAUAUCUGCUCUUGACUUACAUAUAAGUUAUAUUAAAAUUCUCAAAGCAGCAACUUAUCUCAAUCGACCAAAUGUUCUCUUCUUAGCUACUAAUGAUGAUGCAAGUCUUCCACAAAGUGAUGAAACAGUCAUGCCCGGUGCUGGUUCAAUCUUGUCUUCUAUUGUAACAGCUUCAUGUCGUUCGCCUACAAUACUUGGUAAACCACAUGCACCCAUGUUCGAUGCCAUACGUUUAGCAUUUCCAGAUGUUGAUCCAAAACGAACAGUAAUGAUUGGUGAUCGAGUUGAAACUGAUAUUGCUUUUGGCAAUCGACAAGGUGCAACAACCUUACUUGUAUUUAGUGGAGCAACAAGCGAAAAAUAUUUGAAUACACUUAAACAACAAGCUGAAAAACAUGCGAUCGAACGAGAUUUAUUACCCAAUUUUUGUGUCAAAGAUGUUGGACAAUUUUUACGUUUUCUUGAAUCGACUAGAAAAAGUUCAUUAUGA